GAAAGCGAUGACGUAAAGAUGGCGCUGUUCAUGUUGAGGCACGGUCGCAGGUUUCCGUCAACGUUCCGCUGUACCAGGGUGUUUUCAAAUGAAGGUGUGGUUUUGAACCGGUCCAGUAGAACCAGGCUACCACCUCCAUCACCUGUCACCGUGGCAGCAGCAGCGGUGCGCGCGUUCAGCGCCCACGGGCAAAUACACGAAGAAACGCUGGCGGAGAAGCUCGAGGUUGACACGGGUCCCACAUUUUGGAUAAAGUCUCGCAUUUACUACUUUCUGAUUAAAAUCUUCUUUCAUAAAGACUUCAGCGCUGACAAGUUCAUCGAGGGAUCGAAACAGCUUUUCUCCCAUGUGUCCAAAAACCUGGCUGAGGGAAAGUUCCACGCUUUAGAGGGACUUGUGGAUAAAGAUAUAGUUGAGCAACUAAAGGAAAAUUACAAGCAGAUGCCUUUGCAUGACCGGCAAACCCUUGCUGUACAUCACAUCAUAAGCGCAAAACCAAGUCAGAUGGAAAUCUACAUGGACCCUUUUGGGAGGAGGUUUGUGAAGAUUCAGGUGCAUUUCUACUAUUUGACGGCAUACGAUCCUGAACAGCACACUGAGGAAACGCACAUCUUCCGAAUCGCUGGUGAGGAGGAAAGUGGAAAUAAGAAUCUUCGAAUUGCAAUUUACGAAUUCCGAAUGGCGCUUGAAAAAAACAUGCCUCCAUACUGGACCAUAAUAAUGGUGCAGUACAGUGGAAAACAUGAUUUAGAGUCAAAGCUGUAAAAGUCCUUCAGUUCUGAGUUCAGUGAACUGAGGAGGAAGGACAAGAGGCAGCACUUGACUGGGGACUCCAGGGACGCACAAGUGGACCACAUCCGUCUGCACCUGUUCAUCUUUGUCUUUCACCUUUUUAUAUCGCAUUAAACUUGAUGACAUUUGA